AAACCUCUAUCAGUCUCACACAGAGUACGUUCUUUCCCCUUGAUGCUUGGUGGUGAGAUCUGUCGUGAAAAAGACAUCGAAGCGUAUAAAAAAGAGACAUUUAUUAAGGUAUCAGCAAUGGAACACUGAUCAACGUGCUGAUCAUUAACUUCCCUUCUCGAACUAUACUUGGCUUCCUGAAAUGUUCUCAGGACUUUGGAAGCUUGAUGGUCACAGCUGGAAAAGGUCUAGCCCGUCAGCCAAACCAUUGAUUCUUAAUGUUCACAAAAGCUACACAUUCCACGCUCCUAAUGGGAAUACCAUCUCUUUGAAAGAAGGGGACAUCCUUGUAUUGCUAAGCAAAGAUGACAAUGAAUGGUGGCAGGUCAGGAAAAUAGGAGACACUGAAAGCACCACUCCUUUCAGUGUUCCCAAUACAUACAUAAACGAGCUGAUCUCCGGAAGAAAUACAGGAUGCAGAAAAGGAACCAAACCAUUACAUAGAUCUCAAGGUAACUUGUUGGUUUCACACUUGAACCCCUCUGUGAUGGAGCAUGAAAACUUUCAUAAUGUACAUAAUGAGGCUUCUCCUCAUGAUGAACCUAAUAUGCAGAGGGUAGCCACACAUUCUGCUAGCAAGCACAAGAAAUCAGCCAGCUUUUCUCUGAGUUCUUCCUGGCAUGGGCAGUUUCCAAAGAGUGAAAAGCAGAAGAUUCAUAAAAGUAUAUCUGAAAGGCUGAGUUUAGCUACUGCCAUGCAGGAGACUCCAGUCUACAGUAACCUGGAGGAGAUGAAAAAAGCGAAGGGUACUCCCCCCAGCCCGACCUGUAGCCCUGUCCAGAUACUGGAGAACUGGGAAUGUCAUUUGGACCCAGUAACAGGCAGGCAUUUCUUCGUUAACACAGAGACGAGAGAGAAAACCUGGAAGCCCCCCAGAAGAUCUAAGGACAGGAUAUCUGUGCAGAUCUGUGAUUCUUUGGAGGAGCAAACCCAAUUUUCCCCGAGCAGCUCUUCAUCUUCUAGUAGUUUAUAUGGCCCCAGCAGCGAUGACCAGGUUCACGAUCCAGAUCCUCCAGUGCAGAGACUCAGCUAUACCAAAUCCAUGAUCUUGUCCAAUUCUCGUGGACCCAGGGUAAACCAUAGGCGGAACCUCUCUCACCAUCAAUUUGAAAGUUAUGGUAAUCCAAACCCCAUCACAGAUGUCCCUCAUAUUCCCGUGGUCACAGUACUGGAUGUGCCAUAUGAGGUCGAAAAGGCUGACCAGUUAAACAAGACAAAGAUAGCUGAAGGUGGACGGAAGCUGAAGAAAAACUGGACGUCAGCUCUGGUGGUUCUGACUGGUAACAGUUUGGUAUUCUACAAGGAUCCGAAAGUACAGGCUCCUUCAGGCUGGAAACCGUCCAACAGUAAGCCUGAGAGCAGUGUGGACCUCAGGGGAGCCAACAUUGACUGGGCACAGGAAAUGUCAAGCAAGAAGAACGUGAUUCAUCUGCGCAUGGUGACAGGGAAUGAGUUCCUUUUGCAAUCUGACAAAGAGUCUGUGAUCCAAGAAUGGUAUGAUGCUUUGCAGAGGAUCAUUGAGAGGCUGGAUCGAGAAAAUCCCCUAGAUGACAUCAUUUUGAGACGAACAUGCAGUAUGGAGGGUUUGGAUGGGAGUGCUGGAGAAGAAGAAUCCUUUUUAAAGUCUAAAGACAGUUGGAAGUUCUCAUUGUCUUGGGUGAGCUCCGGCGUAGGUGGACCUGACCGAAAGAAUGUCAAAAACAGGCUGAAGAAUCUUUUGGUGAGGAGGCCUCCACUUCAGACUCUCCAAGAGAAAGGACUUAUUAAAGACCAAGUUUUUGGGUGUCGGCUGGAUGCGCUUUGUCAUCGAGAGGGGGGUAGAGUUCCAAAGUUUGUAAGACUUUGCAUUGAAGCUGUGAAUGAGCGAGGACUUGAUGCUGAUGGGAUUUACAGAGUGAACGGGAACUUGGCCACCAUACAGAAACUGCGAUUCGUUGUAGACAGAGAGAGGGCAGUAACAACAGAUGGACGAUACCUAUUUCCGGAGCAGCUGUCCCAAGAAGAAAAACUGGACUUAAACAGCAGUGAGUGGGAAGACAUUCACGUAAUCACCGGCGCACUCAAAAUGUUUUUCCGUGAACUCCCUGAGCCACUUAUCCCAUUCAGCAUGUUUGAUGAGUUUGUAGCUGCUGUGAAAAUUACUGACGCAACAGAGAGGAUAGAGAUAAUAAAAAAUCUGGUGAAGAAUCUCCCAGAGGCUAAUCAUGACACUUUGAAAUACAUAACAUGUCAUCUGAAAGGUGUGAUGGAACGUUCCGAGUCGAAUCGCAUGACAACUCAGAAUAUUGGCAUAGUCUUUGGGCCAACCCUGAUGAGACCAGAAAAAGAACUGUUCUCUAACAUUGCUGCAAAUAUGGUUUACCAGAAUCAAGUGGUAGAACACUUUCUUACUUACUACCAGGAGAUCUUCUCAUCUGGUCCAGAAGAAUAGGACUACAUUUAGUCCUCAGAAUUCAGAUUUGUAGAUACUGGAAGGAUUGCUCAAUAGUUGAACUAAUAUUUAUAUAUAAAUAUAUUUUUUUUUAAUGUACGUUUUCAUUUCUAAAAUGGGACUUGCGACCGCAAUGAUUAUGGUGAAAUUUGUCAAGCAUACAAACCAUCAAGAAGUGUUGAGCUAACCCUGGAAGCAUCAAGAUGACAGGACAGUGGAGGAAGUCUAUAAACUGGAAAUCCAGUCAUGUACAUACUAUGAAAUUUGUACUUGGAUGAUAUAUUUUUUUAAAGACUUGGCCAACGGAAAAAAUAAGAUUGAAAGCAUUGUAGGCUUAUCUUUGUUAAAUAAAUCUUGACACAGUGUAAUACCUCAUGUGUUUUGUUCCCCAUGUCCUGUGUUGUUGUGAAUAGUUAAGUUGCUUUGCCUGGUUUCCACGUCGAAGGGAUGGCAUUUUUUACCACUUCUGACUAGACUUCUCCAGACGGUAAAUGGAUGUACCAGGGUCCCACUGUUUUCUGCCAUUGCUGAGAUAACGGUGCUGUUGGAUAUCUUCAGAUUGCAAAGGAACGUUAGCUUGAUGUGUCUUUCAUCUGGUGCAAGUUUCCUAGGCCAACCACUGCGUCUACGGUCAUCAACAAUGCCCGUUUCUUUGUGCUUCUUCAAAAGAGCUUCAACAGAUCAUCUGGAAACCACUGUCUGCCUUGAAAUGUCUGCCUGGGAGCAACCUUGCUGAUGUAGUAUAACUACCUUGUGUCUUGUUGCUGUGCCCAGUCUUGCCAUGGUGUAUAACUUGUGACAUUUAACUGUCUUCAACACCCUCACCUAGUUUUAUUCCUCCUCCUGCUUCCUUUUAAUGAUUGUUUCAACUUCAUAUUAAAUUGAUGAUCAUAAGCA